CUUCGCAACCAUCAUGUACGAACUAAAGAUUACUGGGUUACUUUCGUUACUAUAUAUUAGUUUGUCUUGUGCCCAACAACAGUGCACCAGAUUCUUUGAUUUGAUCCCAAACCGAACGAUUAAUAUAACCAGUUUUAAUUACCCCGGCGCUAUACCAAGUGGUUCUAACUGUCGAUUUCGCUUGAAGGCACCCAGUAAUCAUGUUAUCUACUUGAGCUGUCGCUUUGAGUUGUUUCCCGACACCUGCGGCUCGGAGUUUCUUUUCAUCUCCCGCGAUGGCGACCUGCAGUUCCGGGAUGGCGAACGGUACUGCCGCAUGGGCCAGGUCAACCGGAUAUCCAACUUCCAGACCAUGGCCUUCGCCUACUAUUCGAGCAGUCCGCAGACCCAGCAGCGAUCCAGACUCAAUUGCCAAGCGGUGGCUCGACCGGCGCCCUGCGACUGCGGCUGGUCCUUCCCCAAUCGCAUAGCCAACGGAGUGGAGGCGGGAAAGCACGAGUUUCCCUCGAUGGUGGGCCUCCGGGAUCUGAGCUCCAACCUGCCCAUCUUCUGCGGCGGCAGCAUAGUCAGCGAGCGGUACAUCAUGACCGCUGCCCACUGUACCGCUCGCCAACCAGUGGCCAGUCGCCUAUUGGCGCUGGUCGGGGAGCAUGACUUGAGCACGGGUGCCGAAUCAAUCUAUGCGGCGCAGUAUCGCAUCCAAAAUAUCAUCAACCAUCCUGGUUACAUGGAAACAGCAUCGGGCAAUAUAAAUGACAUAGCCUUGCUCCAGACGGCGACCCCAAUUGAAUGGUCCCGCGGAGUGGCGCCCAUAUGUCUUCCCAUUAGACAGGCGGAGAACAGCUUCAACUACCAGAACGUGGACAUCAUGGGUUGGGGAACCCUGGGCUUCGCUGCCUCCAAGUCGAACACUCUGCAAAAGGCCACACUGCUGACCAUGGACAAUGCCGUCUGCCGGAGUCGCUUCAACUCCAGCAUAACUCCCAGCCACCUGUGCACGUACGAUGCUGGCGGCAGGGGCCAGGACUCCUGCCAGUACGACUCCGGCGGUCCGGUGAUCCUGCGCCAGCGGGAGCGGAUGUUCCAGUUGGGCGUGAUCAGUUACGGCCGAGCCUGCGGUCAGCCUUUUGGCAUCGGUGUCAACACUCGGGUCACUUCGCACCUCAACUGGCUGUGGCGCUAUAUAGGCGGAUCUGUGUGUGUGCGUUAAGGAUAUGCGUCGGAUGAAUGCCCAAAUGUGUGCACAGAAAGAAACAAUAUUGACCAUAAAAUUAAUUUUAUCAUAUAUUGUUACGAGCAUGAGUUGCACAGAGUUUUUACAUUUAAAAAAUUAUCUUAUUACUGUAACUUUUGAUUAAACAGACUUCUUUGAUAAUAGAUAAUCGUAUUUGAAGUUGGC